ACAACACGCGUUUUGCCACAUAAGAUCGAGGUGUGUAUUUGUUCAGAUUUUGAAUAGUUAAAGAUCCUAUUUAUGCACUGUCAAAGUUUAAGGUUAAUGUUAUAAUUUGGUUUCAAGUCUAGGGUCAUAUUUAUGUAUUAUGCCAAAAAGUUUUGAAUGAAAAGUAUCUUAAAAAGGAGAUAACAUUGCUAUUUAAAGUCUCUAAACAGCAACGGUAUUGGCCAUAAUUUAUGCAACUAUGGAGAAAGCAUUCACCUCUUUUCUCUUAACAUCUUUGUUGCUUCACUAUGUUAUGGCCAGUUCAGCGAUGACCAAAACCAACAUAACUACUGAUCAAUUGGCUCUUUUUUCUCUGAAAUCCCAAAUCGCUUUAGACCCCUUUCAUUUCUUGGAUGAAAGUUGGUCUUUCGCUAUGUCCAUUUGCCAUUGGGUUGGAGUCACUUGUGGCUCUCGCCACCAACGUGUGAAUUCCUUGAAUCUUUCUAACAUGGCUCUUACAGGCAAGAUUCCCCGUGAUCUUGGAAACCUCACAUUUCUUGUUUCUCUCGACUUGGGAAGCAACAAUUUCCAUGGAAAUUUGCCUCAAGAAUUGGCACACUUGCGUCGGCUUAAGUUUCUUGAUUUAAGUUUUAACAGCUUCAGAGGGGAGGUUCCUUCUUGGUUUGGGUUUUUACACCAACUUCAAGUUCUAAAUCUUGGGAAUAAUAGUUUCGCUGGUUCCAUCCCUUCUUCAUUUUCUAAUAUUUCCAAACUUGAGACUUUGAAUCUGAAAUUCAAUUCCAUAGAGGGACAAAUACCAAAAGUGAUUGGAAGUCUUGUAAACCUUAGAGUAUUAAACUUGGGGGGUAACAAGCUCAUAGGCUUUAUUCCUACGUCACUCUCGAAUACCUCGAGGUUGGAGACUUUGGAGAUAUCUGAUAAUUCACUUCAAGGAAACAUUCCAGAAGGGAUCGGCAAUCUUCACAACAUGAAAGUUCUAUCCAUAGAAGAUAAUCAACUUACGGGUUCUAUACCAUUCAAAAUUUUCAAUAUCUCAAGAAUCGAAAUCAUUGCAUUUACUGGAAAUAGCCUGUCAGGAAUUCUUCCCAAUGGUUUAUGCAAUGGUCUCCCGAUACUCAAAGAGCUUUACCUAUCCACAAACAAGCUUCACGGUCAUAUGCCUACAAGCUUAUCAAAUUGUUCACAACUUCAAAUUUUGUCUUUAUCAAAAAAUGAAUUUGAUGGAACAAUAAAUAGUGAAAUUGGAAGAUUGAGUAACUUGCAGAAAUUGUAUCUCGGACAAAACCAUUUCGCAGGGAUAAUUCCUCAAGAAAUUGGAAAUCUUGUUAAUUUGGCAGAGUUAGCCAUGGAAAAAAACCAGAUUACCGGCUCUGUCGCCAUCUCCAUGUUCAAUAUCUCAUCGCUGCAAAUUUUGUCAGCAUGGCAGAACAAUCUUAGAGGAUUCUUACCACGGGAGACUGGGAACUUCACCAAGAUGCAACAUCUAAAGAUUAGUGGAAAUAAGCUUAUAGGUGAAAUACCCAAAGAGAUAAGCAAUCUCGUUGAGUUGGAGGAAUUACUUCUUGGGGAUAAUGGGUUUAGUGGUUCACUUGAUAUGGAGAUCUUCAAUAUAUCAGGGCUGAGAAUAAUUGAUCUUUCAGUCAAUAAUCUCUUAGGAAGCCUCCCACCAAACAUAGGUUUUAUAUUACCCAACAUUGAAGAGCUUUAUCUGAGUGGCUUAACCAAUCUUGUUGGGACUAUUCCUCAUUCCAUCUCCAAUUGUUCCAAACUUACUAUUCUAGAGCUUUCUAACAACCAACUCACUGGCUUGAUUCCCAAUUCUCUUGGAGAUUUGACUCAUCUACAAAAUCUAAAUUUAGGGGAAAACAAUUUAACCAGCGACUCAUCAUUAAGCUUCUUGACUUCCCUGACCAAUUGCCGAAAUUUAACAAUUCUAUCUCUAUAUUUGAAUCCUCUAAACGGCAUGCUUCAUGGCUCCGUGGGGAACCUUUCCACAUCUCUUAGAAUGUUUGUCGCCCACAGUUGUAAAAUCAAAGGGCAAAUUCCAAAUGAAGUUGGGAACUUAAGAAGCUUACUAGACCUUAUACUUUUUGGAAAUGACUUGGUUGGAUCAAUUCCCACAUCAAUUGGAAACUUGAGAAAGCUUCAGAGCUUCGACUUGACUAACAACAAAUUAACAGGAUUGAUUGGAGAUCAUAUAUGUAAAUUGCAGCAUCUGGGUGAUAUUUACUUGGGUCAAAAUCAACUUUCAGGAUCUCUUCCAAAUUGUUUAGGGAAUAUUACUUCCCUUAGGGAGAUACAUCUGGGUUCCAAUAAAUUGAGUUCCAAUAUACCACCAAGCUUAGGGAACCUUCAAGAUCUAGUGGUUCUUGACUUAUCGUCAAACAACAUGGUAGGUUCUUUACCUCCAGAAAUUGGAAAUCUAAAGGUUGCGACACUGAUAGAUCUAUCAGUGAAUCAAUUCUCAAAUGAAAUUCCUAGAGAAAUUGGAGGCUUGCAAACUUUGGCAUACCUUUCUUUGAGACACAACAAGUUGCAAGGAGCUAUAGCUGACUCAAUGAGCAACAUGAUAGGUUUGGAAUUCCUAGACCUUUCUCAUAACAAUUUAUCUGGAAUCAUUCCUAAGUCUUUCGAGAAACUUCAAAACCUGAAGUAUUUCAAUAUUUCUUUCAACAAAUUGUAUGGUGAAAUACCCUCAGGAGGUCCUUUCAAGAACCUGUUGAGUCAGUUUUUCAUCUACAAUGAAGCAUUGUGUGGUUCUUCAAGAUUUAGUGUCCUGCCAUGCCCCACUUCAUCAAAGCACAGAUCAAAUAGGAAAAAAUUGCUAGUUCUUUUUCUUUUGCUGGGAAUUGCACUAGUAGUUGUUCCUAGCACCAUUAUUUUUUUCUGGAUAGGGUAUAGAAGAGGUAAAAGAGCUCCUCAACAACCUGAUUCAUUGUCUGCAAUAACAAGAGAAAGAAUUUCAUACUAUGAAUUGAUCCAAGCAACUGAAGCGCUUAGCGAGAGUAAUCUGAUUGGUUCUGGAAGUUUCGGCUCUGUUUACAAAGGUGUUCUCACAAGUGGAACUGUCAUUGCAGUUAAAGUGUUCAAUCUGCAACUAGCUGCGGCAUUCAAGAGCUUUGAUACGGAAUGUGAAGUUCUGCGCAGCCUUCGCCAUAGGAAUCUCGUAAAAGUCAUUACUAGCUGUUCCAACCUUGAUUUUAAGGCUUUAGUUCUCGAGUAUAUGCUUAAUGGAAGUCUUGAGAAGUAUUUGUAUUCUCACAACUACUUCCUAGACAUCAGGCAGAGGUUAAGCAUAAUGAUAGAUGUGGCAUGUGCUUUGGAAUAUCUGCACCAUGGGUGCUCGUCGCCUGUGAUCCACUGUGAUCUGAAGCCUAGUAAUGUCUUGCUGGACGAGGAUAUGGUUGCCCACCUAAGCGACUUUGGCAUUUCAAAACUACUUGGUGAAGAUGAGAGUGAUUUAUACACUAAAACCGUAGCAACAUUGGGUUAUAUUGCGCCAGAGUAUGGACAAGAUGGAUUGGUGUCUACUAAAUGUGACGUGUAUAGUUAUGGAAUCAUGUUGCUGGAAACAUUUACCAGGAGAAAGCCUACUGAGUUUGAGGGAGAUCUUAGCUUGAAGCACUGGGUGAGUUAUUCACUUCCCGAUGCAGUAAUAGAUGUUGCAGAUGCCAACUUGGUUCCACCUACAGAUAAUCACUUAUUGAAAAAGUUGGACUGUGUGGUAUCAAUCAUGAAUGUCGCACUGGAUUGCUGUGCUGAAUCUCCAGCAAGACGGACAAAUAUGAAAGAUGUUGUUGGGAUGCUACAAAAGAUCAGAAUCCAACUUAUCGCAUGUUGAACAUGCUCUUGGCAAUUCUUAUUCUAAAUAACUUGUUUUGUUGCAAAUGUUUACUAAAUAAUUGUAUUGAUGAGAAAAAACAUUGCAGUUUACAAUUGUUGUCUCUCUUGUGCAAUUUUAUUUAUGUAUUGUGCUGUCACCAGAAACCCGGCCAUACCAUGCCUGUAUAUUUAAUAUACAGUUAGUUAAAUUAGGUCCAGGGGUCUGCCUCCUGUUAAUCUUCCACCUUCUGUCCGAGUAAUGUCUCACAGUUUGCUUUUGAAAGCUAUCAUGUUGGAACAUAUCCGAGCGCUCUUGGUACAGGUUAUGGUGUGAGCGACAAUACACGCAGUCCCAAUAGUGCUAAGAAAUUUACCAAUUAUGCUGUGAAAGAUGGACCAUUCAGUACUAGUGCUAGGAGGAACAUUAUAAGUAAUAAGAGUCCACGCGAAAUUAUUUUAGUGCCAUAAAAAAAAAAAAAAAACUUUACAAACUCAGUUCAAG